CUAACCACGAAACUUCGCACUAGAAUAACGAUAUUACCCCUCUUUCACCAUACACCCAAUGUCAGCACUCCCGUAAUUUCCACCACUCUCGACGUCUAAAAUCGUCCAACCACAUAUUCCCCAACUUGGAAAGUGACAAUUUCCCUGCUCCCCGAUUCAGCUUAUAAAUACCAGUCCCCAAAAAUGGAGUUCUUCCCAGUACGGAUCUCAAAAACUUUUCUAUUUUUCUUUCCCUAAUUUUUCAUUUUUCCCAGUGAAGAAGGAAAAAUUUCUCUCAGGAAACUGUGAUUCGAUCUCUUUGUGUAGCGUUUGAUUUGCUUGCUCGGAAGAAAUGGCGACGGCGAUUCUGUCCCCUCGUGAUUGCCUGCAAGGUCGGUUCCGCCGCGAAGCAUUCACCCUGCGAUCUCCUGCUUCGCGCGCGGCGUCGUCAAGGGAUGCGGUUGCGAACCCUAAGGCCGACGCUCGCAGGCGGAAGAGGAGCCCCAUGGGGAGCCAGAAGGAAAGGGCGGCUUCGCGAUCGCAGUCUCUGGUGGCGAAGCUUCCAGGGAAUAACCUCGUGAUGGGACAGGUGAAGAUAUUGAAGCGCGGGGAGUCGCUCGACUCUGUUACGGAGAGUGAGGAUGAGAAGAAGGGGAAGAGGGAGGAGGGCGAGGGGAAGAAGGUGGUGGAUCUUGGAUUGGGAUCGACGGAUCGGCUUGGGCCGGAGCCGGAGAUUGUUCAGAAGGAGAUUAGGGUGGAGGAGUUCAAUAAAGUUGGGGAUACGAUGUAUGCAGGUUCGGCGUUUUUCACCUCACCGCCUCCGAGUUCGCUUCCCGUGCCGGCCUUUCUGGGGAAAGGUGGGGUUGGGGAUGCUACUACUGGUCUUAGGCGAUUACUGGGGCUGAAUCUGGUUUAAUUUGAUGAUCAAUUGGAAGGUGAUGGAUCAAAAGAUGAUGAUGUGGUGGUGGCUGUUUCGCUGUUGAUGCUGCUUCUGCUGCUUCUGCUGCUGGCUUAAUGGUUUUCUGCUUUUGAUGCUGCUGCUGUCGUUGAUUGCUUGGCGACUAGAAGCUUGUGAUCUCUCCUUUAUUUUUUCAAGAGGAAGGCUGAUCAGAGCUCAAGCAAUUCGGUGGGAUGUGCCAUGUUGGCGAUGUGGAAUAUGAACUCAGAUUCUCCUCCAUGAAUGAUUGUAACAGGGGAAAGAUUAGACGAGUAGUUUUGCUUCAGCAAUCGUGGGGUUGGUUAGGAUGGUUCUGUAUUGUAAAUGUUGUCCUUACACGCAACUGUCUGUAACCUUUUGCUCUCUGUAGCGUCAGUGUUUCGAGGUUCUCUCUGUAACCUCAGUGUUUCGAGGUUGGGAUUCUGGGUUGUCUGCUUUCAUCCAUGUAGUAGCCUCUCUCUUAUACACCACUUAUGAAAUAAAAGUUUGAACCUUUG